CGUGCCGGGCACCGGUGGGGUGGGCAGCGCGGCCGCCGCUCCUCAGCGCAGGGACCGCCGCCGGCCGCCCGCAAGAUGCUGUUUUGGCACACGCAGCCGGAGCAUUACAACCAGCACUCGACCGGCAGCUACCUGCGGGAUGUCCUUGCGCUGCCGAUCUUCAAGCAGGAAGAGCCGCAGCUGUCUCCUGAGAACGAUGCCAAGCUGCCACCCUUUCAGUACGUCCUCUGCACAGCCACCUCACCCGCCGUGAAACUGCACGAGGAAACGCUGACCUACCUCAACCAAGGUCAGUCUUAUGAAAUCCGUCUACUUGAGAAUAGGAAAUUGGGAGAGUUUCAAGAUUUAAACACAAAAUAUGUAAAGAGUAUAAUUCGUGUCGUUUUCCACGACCGCCGCCUGCAGUACACAGAGCAUCAGCAGCUCGAGGGCUGGAGGUGGAGUCGGCCUGGGGACCGCAUCCUUGAUAUAGAUAUCCCACUGUCAGUUGGUAUCUUGGAUCCCAGGGCUAGCCCGACCCAGUUGAACACUGUUGAAUUUCUCUGGGAUCCGUCAAAGAGAGCUUCAGCAUUCAUUCAGGUACAUUGCAUCAGCACAGAAUUUACUCCACGGAAACAUGGAGGAGAGAAAGGGGUGCCCUUCCGGGUGCAAAUCGACACCUUUAAGCAGAAUGAAAAUGGUGAAUACACAGAACACUUGCAUUCUGCAAGCUGCCAGAUCAAAGUGUUCAAGCCUAAAGGAGCAGACAGAAAACAGAAGACUGACAGGGAAAAAAUGGAAAAGAAGACCACCCAAGAGAAGGAAAAAUAUCAGCCUUCCUAUGAGACAACUAUUCUCACAGAGUGCUCUCCCUGGCCAGAUGUGCCUUAUCAAAUGAACAAUGCUCCAUCUCCAAGCUACAACAGUUCUCCCAACAGCUUCAACCUCGGAGAUGGCAACAGUUCUCCAACCCACCAAAUGGAGCUCCUGCCUCCCAGCAAUGAUCAUCUCCUUCCUUCUGCUUCUAUUCAAGAUGCCCAGCAGUGGCUUCAUCGUAAUAGGUUCUCUCCAUUCUGUAGACUCUUCUCAAGUUUUUCGGGUGCCGACUUACUGAAGAUGUCCAAAGAAGAUUUUGUUCAAAUCUGUGGGCCUGCUGAUGGAAUUCGGCUCUUUAAUGCAAUUAAAGGAAGAAAUGUAAGGCCCAAGAUGACAAUUUAUGUCUGUCAAGAACCAGAGCAAAACAGGUCCCAUCUCCACCAAAAACGAGAAAAUGGAGAUGGCAGUCUUUGUGUGUAUCAUGCAAUCUUCUUGGAAGAAUUGACCACCCUGGAAUUAAUGGAGAAGAUUGCAAACUUGUACAGCAUUUCUCCACAGCAGAUAAAUCGGAUCUACCGGCAGGGACCCACAGGGAUCCACGUAUUAGUGAGCAAUGAGAUGGUGCAAAACUUCCAAGAUGAAUCUUGUUUCGUUAUCAGCACAUUAAAAGCUGAAAGCAAUGAUGGCUACCACAUCAUUUUAAAAUGACCGUGCUGCCCAGAGAGACUUUAAUGGCCUAAAAUUCAGUGCCUCACUGAGAUUGCUACAACCUAGACUGGAAACAUGAAGAACCUUCUGGAUUAAAGCUCUUGUGAACUAAGAAUUUCCAAACAGUUUAAGAAAAAACUUGCUUUUACAGAUCAAAA